AUGGAGAAGUGGGUGGUUUUGGUGAUGCUGCUGGUGUCAUGGAAAAUGAAGGGAGGUUCUGGUGCCAAAACUGAGGUAAGAUACGAUGGAAGGUCUCUCAUCAUUGAUGGCCAGAGAAAAAUUCUCUUCUCUGGUUCAAUUCAUUAUCCUCGCAGCACUCCUCAGGAGUAUGAGGUAACAGGCAUUGAUCAAGGACUUAUGUGGCCAGAUUUGAUAGCGAAAGCAAAGGAAGGAGGAGUGGACGUGAUUCAGACCUAUGUGUUUUGGAAUCUACACGAGCCUCAACCAGGAAAAUGCAUAGAACAGUAUGAUUUCAGUGGGAGAUAUGACCUGGUGGGAUUCAUAAAGGAAAUUGAAGCUCAAGGGAUGUAUGUUUGCCUCAGGAUUGGACCUUUCAUAGAGAGUGAAUGGACAUAUGGGGGUUUCCCUUUCUGGUUACAUGAUAUCCCUGACAUUGUCUACCGAACGGAUAAUGAGCCAUUCAAGUUCUACAUGCAAAAUUUUACCACAAAAAUUGUGAACAUGAUGAAAGCAGAGGGGUUAUAUGCUUCCCAAGGAGGUCCAAUCAUACUGUCACAGAUUGAAAAUGAAUACCAAAACAUCCAAAAGGCAUUUGGCGCAGCAGGAUCGCAGUAUGUUCAAUGGGCUGCAAAAAUGGCAGUUGACCUUAACACUGGUGUUCCAUGGAUUAUGUGCAAACAAACUGAUGCUCCCGAUCCUGUGGUUGUUAGGCUAAUUCUGCCACAUAUUGUUAAUGUGAAUGAUGUAUAUGGUGGACUGCCAUACAUAAGGUCUGCUGAAGAUAUAGCAUUUCAUGUCACCCUUUUUAUUGCAAGAAAUGGAAGCUAUGUGAACUAUUAUAUGUACCAUGGAGGGACCAACUUUGGGAGAACAGGCUCUGCUUAUGUUAUAACAGCAUAUUAUGAUCAAGCCCCACUUGAUGAAUAUGGUUUGCUCAGGCAACCCAAGUGGGGACAUCUCAAGCAAUUACAUGCUGUAAUAAAGUCAUGCUCUACCACUCUACUACAAGGAGUGCAGAGGAACUUCUCUUUAGGUCAACUACAGGAAGGUUAUGUCUUUGAAGAAGAUAAAGGGGAAUGUGUUGCAUUCCUUAUAAACAAUGAUAGAGAAAAUAAGGUUGCUGUGCAAUUCCGCAACAGAUCAUACGAAUUGCUCCCCAAGUCCAUAAGCAUCUUACCAGAUUGUGAAAAUGUAAAUACCACAAGCAACAGAAGGAUCGUAAGUCCUAAACAAAACUUCAGCUCGGUGGAUGUUUGGAAGCAAUUCCAAGAUGUCAUUCCAAACUUCGAUCAUACCUCACUAAAAUCAGAUUCAUUGCUUGAGCAAAUGAACACAACCAAAGACGAAUCGGAUUACCUUUGGUAUAUUCUUAGCAAACCAACACUUAGUGUUCAGUCUGCUGCUCAUGUUGCCCAUGCUUUUGAUUCAGGGGCAUUUCUUGAAAGAAGGUUCGCUGGUUUAAUCAGUGUGCAACUUCAGUGCAGCGAAGAAGAGUCUCUUAAUUUGACCAAUUCUUUGUGGGGUUAUCAGGUUGGAUUACAGGGGGAGCAAGUACAAGUAUAUAACGGACAAAAUAGCAGUGAUAUUGAAUGGAGUCAACUGGGGAAUACUAUGGAACAAACGCUCAUUUGGUACAAGACUACAUUUGACACACCAGAGGGAGAUGGCCCUGUUGUCUUGGACCUUAGUUCAAUGGGAAAAGGUGAGGCUUGGGUAAAUGGACAAAGCAUUGGUCGUUAUUGGAUCUUGUUUCACGAUUCCAAAGGCCACCCUUCACAGUCACUGUAUCAUGUGCCUCGGUCUUUCCUUAAGGACUCUGGAAACGUUUUGGUUUUGGUGGAGGAAGGUGGUGGGAACCCUCUUGGUAUCUCCUUGGACACUAUGAACAUGGUUUGGAAAACAGUGGUCAGGGUGUUGAGCAACACAGAUAUGGUGGAUCCAUUCACAGUGGUCUCGUGUGGCAAUGUGAGCUACGAUGGUCGCUCCCUCAUCAUCGAUGGCCAACGCAAGCUUCUUAUCUCUGCUUCCAUUCAUUACCCUCGAAGCGUUCCCGCGAUGUGGCCUGGUCUUGUUCAAACAGCGAAGGAAGGAGGGGUAGAUGUCAUUGAAACCUACGUUUUCUGGAACGGUCAUGAGCUUUCUCCAGGCAAUUAUUACUUUGGAGGAAGGUUUGAUCUGGUCAAGUUUGCGAAGACUGUUCAGCAGGCCGGGAUGUAUUUGAUUCUUCGAAUAGGCCCAUUUGUUGCUGCAGAAUGGAAUUUUGGUGGUGUGCCGGUGUGGCUGCAUUAUGUUCCAGGCACAGUAUUCCGGACUUACAAUCAGCCUUUUAUGGAUGAUCAUUAUGGAUUUGCAUACGAACCACUAUUUUUGGUAGCAUUCCUUCAAUGUGCUAGUCUACCUUGUCCUCUAAACAUAUCUGAACCAAUGACUCCAUUUUGCGUCUUCAAAAUUUUGCAGAUAGAAAACGAAUAUGGAUCCUACGAAAACUUUUAUAAAGAGGAUGGUAAGAAAUAUGCCUUGUGGGCUGCAAAGAUGGCUGUCUCUCAAAAUAUAGGUGUCCCUUGGAUAAUGUGCCAACAAUGGGAUGCUCCAGAUCCUGUGAUGAUAACCAGGCUAUUCACGACUCUUUUGCAGAUUGAUACAUGCAAUUCAUUCUACUGUGACCAAUUUAAACCUACUUCUCCAAAUAGGCCCAAAAUUUGGACCGAGAAUUGGCCUGGAUGGAUAGAGGAGUUAAAACUUUUGCAAAAGUUUAAGACUUUCGGGGGCAGAGAUCCUCACCGGCCAGCAGAAGAUGUUGCAUUUUCUGUUGCUCGUUUCUUCCAGAAAGGUGGAAGUGUACACAAUUACUACAUGUAUCAUGGAGGAACAAAUUUUGGGCGAACAGCUGGUGGUCCAUUCAUUACUACAAGUUAUGACUAUGAUGCCCCAAUAGAUGAGUAUGGGUUACCUAGACUUCCAAAAUGGGGACAUCUUAAGGAACUUCAUAGAGCUAUCAAAUUAUGUGAGCAUGUACUGCUUAAUCGGAAAAAUGUUAAUGUCCCCCUUGGUCCUUCUGUGGAGGCUGAUGUCUAUACUGACUCAUCAGGAGCAUGUGCUGCCUUUAUUUCUAAUGUUGAUGAUAAAAAUGAUAGAACAGUGGAAUUUCGAAAUACAUCAUAUCACUUGCCAGCUUGGUCAGUUAGCAUUCUUCCUGAUUGCAAGAAUGUAGUGUACAACACAGCGAAGGUUACUUCCCAGACAAAUGUAGUUGCAAUGACUCCUGGAAGUUUGCGGCAAUCGGAUAAAGGUUUAAAAUAUUUGAAAUGGGAGAUUGUGAAGGAGAAGCCAGGAAUUUGGGGGACAGCAGACUUUGUCAAAAAGGGUUUUGUCGAUCUCAUCAAUACUACCAAAGAUACCACUGACUACCUAUGGCAUACAACAAGUAUAUUUGUUGGCGAACACGAAGAGUUUUUGACAAACGGAAGCAAACCGGUUCUUCUAAUUGAAUCUACUGGUCAUGCUCUCCAUGCUUUUGUGAAUCAGGAAUAUCAAGGUACUGGUACUGGAAAUGGUACACAUUCACCAUUCACUUUUAAGAAUCCCAUCUCCCUCCGAGCAGGGAAAAAUGAAAUUGCUUUGUUGUGCUUGACAGUUGGCUUACAGACUGCUGGACCAUUUUAUGACUUUGUGGGGGCGGGACUUACAAGUGUGAAGAUUAAGGGACUGAACAAUGGGACAAUAGACUUGUCUUCUUAUGCCUGGACUUACAAGAUUGGAGUGCAAGGAGAACAUCUAAAGCUAUACCAGGGAGAUGGGUUGAAUAAUGCGAACUGGACAUCUACUUCAGAACCACCAAAAAUGCAGCCAUUGACAUGGUACAAGGCUAUCGUGGAUGCUCCACCUGGGGAUGAACCAGUUGGAUUGGAUAUGUUACAUAUGGGCAAAGGUCUAGCCUGGUUAAAUGGAGAGGAAAUAGGAAGAUAUUGGCCUAGGAGAAGUGAAUUCAAGAGUGAAGACUGUGUGAAAGAAUGCGAUUACAGAGGCAAAUUUAAUCCCGACAAAUGUGACACUGGUUGUGGAGAACCUACGCAGAGAUGGUACCAUGUUCCACGAUCUUGGUUCAAGCCAUCAGGAAAUAUUCUUGUUCUUUUUGAGGAGAAAGGUGGAGAUCCAAAUAUGAUUAGGUUUGUGAGACGUAAAAUAUCUGGAGCGUGUGCCCUUGUUGCUGAGGAUUACCCCUCAGUCGGACUCCUUUCUCAGGAUGAAGAUAAAACACAGAAUAACAAAAACAUUCCUUUUGCUCGAUUGACGUGCCCCAGUAACACUCAUAUAUCUGCUGUGAAGUUUGCAAGCUUUGGAACUCCUUCUGGAUCAUGUGGAUCUUAUCUCAAGGGAGAUUGCCAUGAUCCCAAUUCUAGCAUAGUUGUUGAGAAGGCGUGCCUAAACAAAAACGACUGUGUCAUAAAAUUAACUGAAGAGAAUUUCAAAACCAACUUGUGUCCUGGUUUAUCAAGGAAACUUGCUGUGGAAGCGGUUUGUAGUUGA